AUGACCUUUUAUGAUGUUGAUUUUAUACAAAUUGCUGUAGGUUUUGAUGGUUUACCUUUAUCCCGGUCUAGUAAAAGUCAGUUUUGGCCAAUAUUGGCAUACAUCAGAAAUUCGUUUAAUAGUAAAGAUAAAGUUUUCCCUAUAGGUGUUUAUCACGGUGAUGCUAAGCCUAAAGACAGUGAUGAUUUUAUAUUAGAUUUUGUAAAUGAAGCUGUAAAUUUAUCUACUAAUGGUUUAGAUAUUAGCGAUAAACACUUUAAAAUUUUAUUUGAUCUUUUUUGUUGUGAUGUUCCUGCUAAAAGUUUUAUUCUUAAAAUUAAAGGUCAUUCUGGGUUCUCUUCAUGUACUCGAUGUUUAAUUGAUUAA